AUGGUCACAGAAAAUGGAGACGUUCGUUGUCUUCCUUCUCCAGGCAACAAUGGCACCGGCCUUGCCAGCCGCCGUAAAGCUGGUCGCCCGUUGCCACUAACUCUCAUGGUGGGUUCUCCGCCGGCCUCGCGACCUCACUCGCCUUCUGCGUAUCCACCGAAUUCCGCUCGAUUCCCUCCACGUACUGCUCAACUACACCCGAUUCAUUCGCCCCAGGAUCUGUUCUUUCCGCAUACUCGCCCUCGUGAACAUGUCCCGGUUGCCGGGUCUUACAGCAGACCCCCCUUACCAUCUCCCACGUUCCCGGACCCGAAUAUCCCAGGACGCUCGAGAGAUGGCGAGCAUGACCAGCAAGCUCAUCGAAGGAUUCCGCCUCGCGUUCCCAACUUGCGGAUCUCCAAGUCCAUGUCUAGAUUGAACACCAGACGGCCGAACCACCACUAUUACCAGGAUAACCGAUAUAAUGAAGUUCCCUCUCAUGGCCUGGGCUUGCCGCGCGUCCCGUCUGGUGGACAUUCGGAUCAUUAUACUGCCAAUCCUCUCCGUUCUAGUAUCAAUUCGAUCAUGACUUCUCGAUCAAGCACAGAGCAGGCAAGUGGGACGGAACGUAGCAGCGUUCUGACAAAGGCCAGUUCUUUUACGGAUCUCUCCCCGGAUACCCCUGGCGGUCUCUACGAUGAUAUAGACGACAAUGAUGAAGGAAUGAGCGUUGAAGAUGCCAUUGCUAUGUACAUGGACGGCUUCAGCGACGUUCCUGAGGAACCACGUACACCGGAUAUCUUUGAGGACAGUAAGGCCGAACCCCCUGACUCUCAAAGACACCAGGAACCGCCAACGGACGACGACGAAGAAGAAGAGGAGGACGAGGAGGAGGAGCACAUGUAUGAGGAUGGCCACACUUCGGAGGAACAUUCCCCGCAUCUAAAGCCGUCAGACCCAUCCGGUCCAUCCAAUCCGCCAGUAUCGUUAGGAUCAUUGGACGAUAGCCUGUCUUCACCUCCCUUAGCGGAUGUCAAGCCGUCGGUUGAACCUCCACGAGCUGACCAGCCGGCGUCUCGAGUUAUUCUUCCGGGUGUUGUACCACCUCCAUUUCUUCGAGGAACUGGCCCCCGAGAUCGCUACGGAUUUCGAAAAGCAACGCACUACGUCACUCUUGAACAGUACGAAGCAUGGGAUCGCGGUUAUUGUCACACUAUGGCCCACCGAAAAGCGAAGUGGGUUGAAAUCCUUCAAGAAAAUGGACUGCCAACAGUCAACCCGGCCAUGUUCCCUCCGAAGUCUUCAAGAGUGAAACGGUUCGUGCGUAAAGGAAUUCCACCCGAAUACCGCGGGGCGGCAUGGUUUUACUACGCCGGAGGGUAUGAUCUUAUGAAACAGAACCCUGGUCACUUUGAGAAACUGGUUCGGACUGCCAUGGAGUCGCCGAGCGAUGAUGAUAAAGAACACAUUGAACGGGAUCUUCAUCGGACUUUCCCAGACAAUCUUCACUUCAAGCCUGAGGGCGGGCCUUCUGGCUCUGGCAACGCCAAUUUGGGAGGGGGACAGACAGUCGUAGAGACUCAAAUGAUUCAGUCUCUCCGCCGAGUUUUAUAUGCAUUUGCACUUCAUAAUCCCAAGGUCGGCUACACACAGUCACUCAAUUUUAUUGCGGGUCUACUUCUCCUCUUUCUUCCCGAGGCGAAUGCUUUCUGGAUGCUCCACAUUGUCACAUCAGAGUAUCUUCCCGGCACUCAUGAAAUUAGCCUCGAAGGAGCUAAUGUUGACCUGUGGAUCCUUAUGGUACUGUUGAGGGAGAGCCUCCCCCACAUCUACGCGAAGAUUUCGAGUUCAGCAUCGAGACCCGUUAGGGGCAAGCCAGCAGCCCUAACUGUCGGCUCACGAUUGCCCGACGUAACUCUGGGGCUGACGAACUGGCUGAUGUCGCUUUUCAUUGGCAGCUUGCCUUUAGAAACGACAUUGCGCGUAUGGGAUGUUCUCUUCUACGAAGGAUCUAAGACGUUCUUCCGCGUAGCCCUGGCAAUUUUCAAGGCGUGCGAGAAGGAUAUCCUCGCUGUUUCCGAUCCCAUGGAAGUUUUCCAAGUGAUUCAGACAGCGCCAAAGAAGUUGCUUGAUGCUAAUGCACUGAUGGAAGAAUGCUUCGCACGUAAACUUCGCGUUGGGCAGAGCCGGGUUGAAGAUCUGCGAGUUUCACGACGAGCUGCCGUGAGGGAAGAAAAAUCACGGCUUUCGCUAACCGGGAACAGGGGCCCCCUUCAGGAAGCGAUUAAUGAACGGCCGACAAGAACGAGGACUCCGAUCCACGGGCUCGAUCGCGGCAUUGCAGGUUUGCGACACAUGAAAAACCAUGCUUUUGGAUGA